AUGGCUGAUCUCAGGGUGUUGAACGCGUACUGCACGCGCAUCGCAAACUGCCUCUCAUCGUCCGCUAGCGAAGAGGCAGACAGUGAUAUAAAUGAAGUGGUUUCGAAUUUCGAAUUGCUGGCUGUGUCGUUAGACAAAUCAUCGCCUACGACGACGCCAUUUAACGAUGGAAAGAUUCCUUACAGCGUUUUGCGUCUUUUUGGCAGCAGCUUCUACAGUGAGAAAAGGUUUCGGCGCUUAUCUAGACUCUGCGCACUAUCAAUCACGCGUUCGGAGAACAAGGAUGUUUCGACCGGUUGGUUUAAGCUGCGAUUCGUGGUAUGGUCAUGCCUGGUGAACCCAUUCACGGCUUUGGAUAUAACCAAUGAGGCGCCUGAUCUUGCGUUGUCCGUCUUGGUGGACUUUGUGCAUGAUCCGCCCGCAGCAGCAGAUCAUGUAUUGGAGAGGUUGGUGCUGCUGUGGCGGUUGCGACGCGACGCGCGGCUGCGCAGGGCCGCAAACCGUGCAUUGUAUGAUGUCCUGAAUCGUGAAGAUACAAGUGAUAGGAUAGAGUUCGAGUUGAAUAGUGUAAAGGAUGAUUCGGAGGAAAUAUCGCAAUACAAGCUGCAGUUGCUGCGCACCUUGUCCGCAAUCCUGAGGGAAUCUGCACACCGGGACACAACUUUAUAUCGCAAAGUGACUGCUGAUGUCGAGCGGUAUCACUGGUUUGACUCGCCAACCUCUGAUGAUCCCAACGAACCCGGUUAUUUCUGUGAACUUCACAUCUCUGUUAGCAGCUCAGAUUUCGCUGAUAACGCACAAUCCAACCUUAUACGGAUCGGGAAACGCGUAUCGUAUUUGAGGUCGCAGGAGGUUGUAACAAACGAGUCUUUUGUAGAGCUAGACUACUCUUCGGAAGUGCUCUCCAGCAUGCUCUGCCACGUGGACGUGAAUAUAGGCUCCGUUGUUAUGGGGGAUUGUUGCAAGGAAUUCCACAUUCGUGAGCUUGCGAGACGUAUAGGCAUCAAAUCUGACUCGAUCAGUCGCAUUUACACUGACGAAAGCACCGAUGUGAAGGCCUUGAUCGGCCAGUGGGUAUGCACCGACAAAGUUGGCGAAUUCAAGUUCAGCUACGGCAUCCUGUCGACGGCGAUGCGCCUCGGCCGUUGGCUAAUAUUCGACGAGAAUUUGUCGGAGAGUAUUGCUUGCCUGCUAUACAGCGUUUGUCAACUGGGUCGGGUGAUCAUCCCGGAGCUGAACGAGGUUGUUGAGGCUUCGAGCAACUUCCAUGUCUUCAUUACUGCCAGAAAUAUUCAGAGUCUCACAGGCAGUCUGAAGCAUCUGCCAAGAACGUAUGUGCCCCCACUCUCAGAAAGCGAUUGCGUUGAGAUAGCGUGUAGACGAUGGUCUGAGGUCACUCCAAUAUGUGGCGCCGUGGUAUCUGCCUUCUUUUCGCUGCGUGAAAGCCUUUGCAAACACCGAGGGUUUAAUUUUUCAGAUCUGUUCAAGAUCCUCCAUCGGUUGGCCACGUCAGGCGUGAGCUUCGACGGGUACCUCUCCAGUGCCACAAAGGGCGUGAUAUUGGAGGCAUUCUACUGCGUGGUCCUGGCUUCGAUGUCAUGCGAUGAGCAGCGUAACGCUCUGUUGGGUGACAUUGCCGAGCACUUCGGAGUUUUGCCUUCUGCGAGUUUUGAGAUGCUGCCUCUAAACCAGAUAAAAGCAGGUGAAAACACACGAGUGCACAUGAAAGUGCUACACCAGCUUAUGGCAUGCUAUCUCUGCAACGAGCCCGUGCUCUUGGUGGGAGAGACCGGAACGGGGAAGACAGCCAUAAUACAGCACUUCGCCAAGCUGGCAGGGAAGACUUUGAAGGUAUACGUGUUCAGUGAGCAAUCGGAGGCUGAUGACCUACUUGGAAGUUUUUUCCCUGACAACAUAGCCGACAUUUGCUCAAAUAUAUUCUCUCGCGCUCUGAAUGUGAUGUUGCGUUCGUGCGUGGUGGAAGACGCGCUGUUGUGCUACCUGGACCAUCUGGUCGACCUAUAUAGGCAGGGUCAGUACUCCAGGAUACUCUCAAUGCUCUCUUCAACGUUGACUAAUUUGAUGGGUUCCGCAACCACCGAAUUGGCAAAUGAAGCUACUACCCUGCGCGUUGAGUGCAACAUGCGUUGCGGUGGAGCCGCUGCAGUAAAGCAUGGCUUUAAGCUGAGCCAUCUACAACAACCGAUCGAAUCGCUACCUGCGGGUGUAAUGGCGAUAUACGAAAAGUACACGUCUGCGUUGAAAUCGUCUGGACCGCAGUUGCAAUUCAAGUUCGAGGAGGGGCUGCUGGUCCGUGCCAUGCGCGAGGGAUGGUGGAUCCUGCUUGACGAGGUCAAUCUGGCGCCGUCUGACCUACUGCAGCGUUUCGUUGGCGUGCUAUCCAACGUGAGCAAGAGGUUCGAGCUUUACGAAUGUGAGAAUCGUGUGGUGGACAUCCACGAGGACUUCCGGCUGUUCGCAUGCAUGAACCCUCCGACCAUCCGCAAGGGCGACUUUGUGACAUUUACCAGUGGCAAGAAGGAACUACCCGCGAACUUCCGUGGUCAUAUGACAGAGAUAUUCGUCGAUGAGAUCGAUACACUCGAGGACGUGUCCAUCGUAGUUGGCUCUUAUGUGGAUCCUGACGACCGCAGCGUCCCCAGUGCAGAGUUAUGCCACUUUUACCUGAAGGUCGUUGAGCUGUGUCGCAACGGUGAGUUGGAGGAUGGAUCUUUCAAGACACCUACCUUCACCUUACGUAAUCUGGUGCGCACCCUGCAUUACAUGCAGCACGUGAUGCAACGGAGCCAUCGCCCCCUCAAGGAUGGCAGAGCGGCGUUCGUAGAGGGCUCAUUGGCGUGCUUCGCAUCCUCCCUUGGAUCAGCGUCUUUUUCCAAGGUGGAAUCGCUGUUACCGUCAGUGCCUUCCCGUACCUCUACAUCUUUCGAGGAGAGCGUGGAUUACGUACGCGUUGAGGGGUAUUGGAUUCGCCGGGGAGGAGAGCCAAUUCACCGUCAGGAACAAUUCAUUGUGACGCCGAAUAUAUCCAAGAACCUCCGACGUCUAUGCCGCAUAUUGAGCGGCCUGAGAGUACCAGUGCUCUUGGAGGGUCCCACAGCUGCUGGUAAGACAUCAUUGGUACAGUAUCUCUGCUCACUUACCGGUCACCGAUGCGUGCGCAUCAACAACCACGAGCACACUGAUCUGUCGGAGUACCUAGGCCAGUUCGUCUUUGACUCGGUGUCAUGCCAGCUGAAAUUCAACUACGGCCCGAUAAUUACGGCUAUGAAGGAGGGGCAUUGGGUUAUUUUGGACGAACUAAACCUGGCGCCCAGCCAGAUUCUCGAGGCCCUCAAUCGCAUCCUUGACGACAACCGUGAGGUGUAUGUCCCAGAGACUGGUGAAACCAUAAAGUCACAUCCCGAGUUCAUGAUAUUCGCCACCCAGAACCCCGCUAACAGUAUAUAUGGUGGGCGCAAGCAGCUUUCAAAGGCCUUUUGCAACCGGUUCGUACAACUGUAUAUGGAAGGUCUGGAUACGGUCGACCUGCAGGAAGUGCUCCACCAGCGUUGUGCAAUCCCGUUGUCACGCGCCGAGAAGAUAGUUUCUGCUUUCCAGACAAUGCAGUCCUGCCCGAUGAACUCUAUGGCUUUUGAGCGCCACUCGGUGCUGAUAACACUGCGUGACCUUAUUAAGUGGGCCAACCGCGUGCGUUCCGAUGACGAGGGCCUUGCGUACUACGGUUGGUGCGUGAUUGCUGAGAAACUUCGCAAUCCAGUGGAUCAGGAAACAGUUAGAGGUAUACUCGAGCGAUGCUGUCUGAUGUCAAAGCCAACCAAGCCCAAGGAACUGGUUAUCAACUUCGAGACCGACAAGUUCUUGCGAAGUUUCCUAGAGUCCAGCGGUCUGAGCACAUCUGACCUGUGCGCUCGUGAGCGUUAUUUGUGGUUCGAAGGUACAACAAGCAGGCUAGUGGCGCUUUUACUUUGUGCGCUGGAACACCGUGAACCCGUGCUCUUGGUCGGUGAGACUGGCAUAGGCAAGACCACCAUAUGCCAGCUGUUGGCCAAAGUUUACAACCGCCGUCUCAACAUACUGAACCUGAGCAAGAACACCGAAGCUAGCGAUUUCAUAGGUAGUUUCCGUCCCAUCCGAAGUUUGAAAUCGUUCCAUUCGCACGUGGGCAUGCUGAUUGAUUACUUCGAGGACGACAUGCACUCCUCCGAUCUGGAAUACCUGCGCGAGGUGAUGACUACCCCAUUAUCACAGGUAGAUCGUGCUAAGUUCGUGGAAGUUUUGGGCCGAGCAUCCACACUGCUAAAGAGCAAUGCGGAUGUGGUAGCAGAGGAUCACACUGACAGGGACGCAAAACGUCAGAAGAUGAGAUCGUCUACUCCUGAUAACAUCCGUGUUAUCAUAAGUCAGUUGAUGAGGUCAUUUUCAAACCAACUAUUUGAGUGGGUGGAUGGGCCCCUCACUAGCUCCAUGGAACUAGGGCAGUGGUUCCUUGCGGACGAGAUUUCCCUGGCGGACGACGCAGUAUUGGAGAAAAUGAACUCGGUACUGGAAGCUGACAGCACGCUCACAAUCCCAGAAGCGGGUGGAUCAACUUUGCGCGUGCUGCGCGCGCAUAACGACUUUAGGUUCCUGGCGACCAUGAACCCAAGCGGGGACCACGGGAAGCGUGAAUUGAGUCCUGCGUUGCUUAACCGUUUCACUGUCAUUUACAUUCCAACUCCAGAUUUCGAGAACUACGAUGUAGUUCGUCGCGUCCUGGAUAACUAUGGCGGCAUGAAACCGGAUUGGGUCGCCGGCUCAAUGGCCGCGGUCAUCCGCCUCUACAACGAGCGUUGCCCGCACCAAAAGUUGACCCUGCGUGACGUGAUAAAGUGGGCUGAAUUCAUGGGCGAAGAAUGUUCUCUGGAAACUUUUCUCCAAGGCGCCCAUGUUGUGUUCCUAGACAACGUGGUGCCCGGUGCUUCUGGGGUAUCCCUAAGGGACGUCGUAGAUAUCGUAUCGCGCUACCUCGAUGGCAUGAAUGUGGAAAGUGUCAUCUCGAGCUUUAACGACAAUAAUUGGGUCCACAAGGAACUGGAUCGCCUGGGAGUGCCUCCCUUGUCAAGCAUCGCGUCGUUCACUCUGGGCUCAAAGAGCAGUUUGUGCAUGGUCGGCAAAAUUCUGCGUGCCCUCAAACUCAAUCGGCCCAUACUGCUUGAGGGACAGCCUGGUGUGGGAAAGAGCGCUAGCAUCAGUGCAUUGGCAUCUCUCCAUGGCACUAAGUUGGUGCGUGUGAAUCUGUCGGAACACACGGACAUCAUGGACCUCUUCGGUUCGGACAUCCCCAGAGCGGUUGACGGGAAUUGGAAAUUCGUUUGGCACAACGGACCAGUUAUUGACGCGGCUAUUAACGGUUACUGGGUAGUCCUUGAUGAGCUGAACUUAGCAAGUCAGCAGGUACUCGAGGGCCUGAAUGCGCUGCUGGAUCACCGUCGUGAGACCUUCAUCCCAGAACUGGACCGUUUCGUGAAAUGCCACGAGAACUUCCGCCUGUUUGCCUCGCAGAAUUCAGCAAUCGAUGGAGGAGGCCGCAAGCAUUUGCCCAGGUCCUUCCUAAACCGUUUCACCAAGAUAUACUUCCCACCAUUGGAUGAGAGCGACUGCUGCGCCGUCCUGGAGCACCUUUACCCAACACUGCCUGCAUCUAUGAUUGAAAGGCUGGUCAACGUGCUCUUCGAGAUAAGAACAAACAGCUUUGGUAAAGGAGUGGAAUGGAAUUUGCGUGACUGCAUGCGCUUCUGCGAAUCGGUCGCAACUGGUGUUCCGUCAUCCUCCUUCGACGAUGCUUUCAGAUUUACAUUCAUGUCGCGUUUGGAUUCUAAAGAGAUGUCCGCCGCAAUUUCAUCACUCAUUGGUUUGACUGGAAGUCAAGCGCUGCCUCACGUCACGCAACCAUGUGUUCGGUACCACGCGAAGAAUACGACCAAUGAAACGGAAAUGCACGUUGAUACAUCAUUCGUGGAUGCAGAAGAUAAAAGAUCUGGGCUAGACGGUGGAGUUGGCCGAAGCUCGUUCAGCUACGAACCCAUUUGGAUGCAGAGCCAAGAAGAUGUUUGCAACACGGUCAGCAUGGCAGCUAGUCUAAACUUCCCAGUUCUCCUAUUGGGGCCAAGUUUGAGCGGCAAGCAGAGUGUUGUAAAGUGCGUGGCAUCGCGUUGCGCACAGCAAUUGACUGAGAUAACGAUGUUACCGUGUUUCGACAUCAGCGACCUUUUGGGCGGUUUUGAGCAGGUUGGUAAUACGGAAGGCAACGUUUCUUCUGUAACUUUCCGCUGGGUGGAUAGUCCCCUAGUAGAGUCUAUUGAACGUGGCAACUGGGUGCUCUUGACGCGCAUCCACAACGCAAAUCCCGCAAUACUAGACCGGUUGAACUCUUUAUUGGAAGUUGGUGGCACGUUAACCUUAAAUGAAAGCGGCGACUGCAACCGAGUGAUUCGACCUCACCCUAAUUUCCGCAUAUUCAUGACAGCGGACUCUGUACAGGUUGGUAAGAUAUCCAAGGCAUUCAGGAACCGUUGCCUUGAGAUCAACAUGAACUACCCCAGCUGCAUGCACCAACUUCCGAAAUCUGUUCCACAGUGCCCUUUCAUGGCACAGCUGUGCCACCAGAUAUCGGACCGUGUGUCAUCCCUGCAUUCAUCAAUGGCAGAAGGUACUAAUGAGGUGAUGCGUGACAUCAGCUUCAAAUGUUCAGAACUGAUCGACGGCGCUCGGCUGCUGAAAAGUUUUAGGAACUUCACGUGGCAUGAUUGUGUAGUGAGAUCGUUCUGCAGCGCUGUCUUGGGUUCUUAUCUGGCUCAACAUUCAUCCGGUGCAUACAGCCACGCCAGUUGGCUGUUUUUGAAGCACUGGGCCAUGAUUGACCAACCGUUAGACCAGAGUUUAUGUGAAGCGCCGACUUUCUUUUCUCUGGAACUGCAGACGACCGCUCUGAGGGUCUUGGAAUGUUGCCUUGAUUGGUGUUCGGCAAGUCAAACCGCAGAUCAGUGUAGCGGUCUCAACCUGGUUACUGAUUUUCUGGAGAGAUGCACGACAUUUGAGGAUCGUGUGAAACGUGAUGGUGCUGUAGCACGAUUGGAUAGUGCAAAUGCGGAUGCCGAUAGCGUGUUCUGGUUUAUUCUGAGAAGUUCGAACUCAACUUACAACGAGCGCUAUUCCAUGGUAGAGCAAAAGUUAAUGCUGACUGUGAGCAAAAAUCAUGUCGAUGCCAUAUUCAGUAUUUUGCUACGAUCUUCUGACAACACAUACGAGUUGCAAACAUUGCUGCACAUGUUCCUCUUCGAUUCGUUGCGGAUGUUCGACGUGCUAGGUACUUCGAAUUACACCAACUCUCUUGUGGAGUACCUGGUCAAAACGUCAGUGAAAGGCGAAUCUGUAUUGCCUGUAUUGUCUAAAAUGCAGUUCCUAUUUUAUCUGCUGCUUCGGGAGGGCAAAACUGCCCCCGAAACAAUCGAUUACUUUACGCGCAAAAUGUACAACGAAUUGUUGGAAAUGAAAGAACUGAACGUGAACUGUGGCACUGCUCCGGAUGAUGUUCGCGGUGCGGUUGUAAACCACGACUUCAUGGAUUACUCUACUGAGCUCAUUGGCAGUCAAAUAUACGACGAAAUCGCCUUAGCUUUGGAGUUGCACCGAUACGGCAUGGGGGAUAUGAUAGCAUGCCAGCGCAAUAUUGUUAUAGAUGCAAAGGCCAACAUUACCACCAAAUCCGUGUUGAAUUUUGUAGACGCUUACGUUAGCGGUUCAAUAUCUGACGUUGAAGUUACUGAUGAAGAUGACAGACAGCCGAUGCUGAUUAUGCGCCAAGUAGAAUCGCCGAAUGCCGCUCUGCGCAAGUUUGUAAUUGACCGCAUACGAUUCUUGGGAUGCUGGCUUUGUCAUCAGCUCUUGAUAGGCGAAGUGGACACUAAAAUGCUUCACAAAGCGCAUGAUUACGCAUUGGGCCUCUUGAACCUCCAUGUACAACUGCAAAGCGAUUUACCCAGUAGUUCUAUUGCCGUUGUCUCGGCAAUUUUGGUAUCCAUACGUCAGUUAAUCUCUGGCGCGGAUCCACAUUCGUGCGUGUAUGACGUAAUGUUGGAAACAUGGUCGCUGCAGAACAUAACGGAUGACGACUUGAAGCUGGAUGCCGUGCAAUACAUGGUCGAUCUUGUGAACGGCACCGAUUUGGGCGUCAAAAAGGACACUUCUGUUGAGGCACCACAGGUAGAAUCCCUGGACACCGUCUCUGGUGUCAUGUUGUUUUGGGAUGGUAUCUCUAAGGAAAACGGUUUGCCAUCGCUACGGGAUAACAUCCGUCGCAUAGAGUUGUUGCGUGGCAUGUUGAGCGAGCACAUGCCAGCGCCCCAGUGGAGCGGUCUUUUUGCGACCUUAUACCUGGUAUCUCCCAUCGUUAGCAAGGCCCUCAACAUGGACUACAUCGUAACCAAGGAGUGCAUAAAAUCCCUGUACGCCUCCAUAGUGAAGGAUGAACCGCCGAAGCCAGAUAUGUUCUCUGCAAUCAAACACGCAUGGGGAACAGACAAUGAUACCUCGAAGCACGAUCCAUCAUCAGAUGCAUAUAACUCUGACUUUACGGUUCGACGCCUGUCUCUCAACCUCGUCCAUCUAUUGUCGGACCUGACACACGCUUCUGCAGAUAAGCGAAUGUCACUACUCAAGGACGUGUGGCGUAUCUCUGGAUUGCUACUCCUAGCCGCCAUGCCCAACACCUCUAUGGUAAUCGCCGAACUUCGUAGCGGUCUUGAAAUUGAAUACCGUAACGACCUCUCGCUAAAACUCAAGCGUCGAUUGGAUACCUUCGUGACCUGCGAUACUCUGUCGGAUGGUGAGAUUCACAGUUCGUAUCAGUUCCUUACGGAGCAGUUGGAGGCGUUGGAUGACUCGAGUGAUAGGCCACGGUUUUCAUUAAGAUAUUAUUCCUCUGCAGAAAAUGUUAAUGACAGCUUUGGUUCGGCGGAUAUCGUGGCGCUUAUGCGUCGCCUACAACGGGACUUGGUUAAAUUCGUCCACGAGAAUCUGAAAUUGGGAGAGGAUUAUUCUGUUCACUGCGACCGCCACUGCCUGUCAAACUUUAAAAGAUACCUGUUGCGUCAGUAUGUGCUUCUGCCCGAAAUAAUACGCCCCCUGUUAGUUGGUUUGGAUUGUUUGGCUUUUGGACUUCCGGAUAAUGCAUCAGAUGCGUCGAGAUUUAUAGGCAACAUUCCUAGGUCACUUCAACUGCAACGUGUGUCUCAAAGGUGUCUUCAAUUUCCCUUGAAUCUGCUAAAGCGUGUUGAUCAGGGAGAUCUGCUGUCGCUUGGAGCGCAUUUCUAUGACGCUGGCGGUGCCUACGACGUGUAUUGUUAUCUCAAAUGCAUGGUUUCAAGCGUUCGUAACGACAUGUUAAAGCCCCCGUCUAUGGAACCCUUAAAGUACGUAAUGUUGCUACUAUCGGGUAUAUCUUCGCGCCUAAAGACCGAACGUGCCGAAGGACAGGCCAUGCGCAUGUCGCUUUUGCAGUCUUGUAUAGCGAUGGCUCAGAAACGCGCUGACAAAGGUGUAUACGAUCUAUUCCCAUCGCAGCAGGAAAUUGUAAGGGCAAUAGUUCGUGACUGUGGGCCACUAGAGGAGUAUGAAUCGUUGGAGCAGGAGGAGGAAGAGCCUGUAGCAGAAUCCGAGCAGACCAGAGACAUCCGCCGCAUCACGGUGCUCUGCAAACUUUUAUCGCAAGCCUUAGCACCUUUGAAGGAUGAGGAAUCGGAAAAGUCGAAUGUUGAAACCGCUGAUGCUGACAUGAAGCCCGAAAAUGACCAGAUCGCAACUCCUACCACACCGCUUCCAUCGCAGCGUGUGAUAACGCAGCAGAUUAAUGCAUCCCUAUGUCUAGCAAUGGCAUGUGGAACUAAGUCAAGGGAUAUGUGUGGUUCAGAGGAGUCCGUUUUCCUCUCACGUCGAUUGAUGAAAGCGUCUGAAGAGCACUUUGGGUACUCGGGCGACAAGGUAGAGGGAUCGGCAUCAUUUUAUAAUACGGUUGAUAUCCCAUUCUGCCUCAAAACUGGCGAUAUACUUCAGCGUCUGUCAGAACGUGUAAAAUCAUUACUCGAUCAGUUCGGUGGUCAGCAGCAGCUGCUGGAUAUUUCCGUGAUGCUUACCUCCAUGAGCAAGAUGAAAAUACCCACGGUGACGCAGGUACUCCUCGUUACCCUUUUGGAGAACUUGGUCGCCCGCGUGCACAAAUGGAACUCUAUUUCACACAGUGCUAUAUCUCUAAACGACUUGGCGUCUGAACUGGGGAGCCUUAUCCUGGAGAUGCGACAUCGUGAACUCAAAGGGUGGUACUCAGCUAUAGACGAUCGUGUGAACUCCGUUCGCCAGGAUGCUUACAGCUACCUCGUGUAUUUCACAGAGAUGUGCAGUGACGUAUACGAUUCGAAUGUUCCGCUGCCGACACGUGUUUCCAAGUGUGUUGGGGAGAUACUGCAGUUCGUACUGGCUGCGCCAGUGGCACACUUUGAGCCUAUUCUUGGCAUGUUGGACGCAGUGGUGCAGCUAUACCGCGACUCAACCCUGCCAACAGAGGCCGUAAUGCGCACAGCUAUAGAGAACGUAUUAUGGUUCCUAAGGUUGUGGCUCCCGGUAGUUACUUCUCAUAUUGCGUCAUUGAAUAAAGAGACGCGUCGGGAGGUCGGAGAAUUGGUCAGACGUAUAAACUGGUCCGGUAAUGACUACCUAUCUAUCAGCGCAUUAUUGCAGAAGCAGAAGAUACAGAUGAGCUCGGUGAUGAGGAGAUUCCAGGAAGGGAUCAUGCAGCCAUUCUCUUCGGUAUACACUCCAACGCCCGACCAGUGGUGCAAUAAAGUAAUCGACAAAGCAGAGGAUGAUGCCCAUCAACAACUAGGGGAUGUGCCCAAAGAGGCUGCUGAUAAUGGCGAAUGCAGCAACGAAACAGAAGACACGGUCGAUGCAGACGAGCCCGUACUACUGGACAGUCUACGUAGCAAUAUCGAAUACGUGCGCAAGAACAAAAACGAGAUUUCGAGGGUACAGAUUACACGUAUUACCGGUGAAAUUGGACGACUAUUAAGCGAAACGGGAUACAAUGCCGCUUCUGGGCACGACGUAGGUGAUUGGAUCAGAUGGCUUGAUCUUGGUGCCUCGAUGAAAUCCAAUGGUUGUGCGGCGGCAGAAGAGGCCAGGGGAUAUAUUAUGCGUUCAUUGCACAUAAUGUUCGACCUCCACGAAUCAUUCCGCGCCGACAAGGAUAAGUUUGAGCAUUUCAGCCGUAACGUUGAUACGAACAUCUUUGGCUACCUGGUUACAAUGCUGCGAAAUGCGCACAACAAUAUGCAGCGUGAUGUCGAGGAAUUUGAGCGGUGUACAAAGGCGAGCUCUCUAAGUUCCGUACUAAGUGAUACAACGAUUUAUGAACUGGAUCGUAUUUGCUUCGAUCAACUAUUGUCUACUGUUGACGACAUAUACGACACGGCAUUACAGGCGAAUGAUGAUGAUCUUCUUUCGGGUUCCAUUUGUGAUGAUAAGUCGCCUGCUGACGGUGCCGCUUCAAUGGCCACCAGCACCGGACCUCUUAUGACUCGGGUGUCAGAAUUUCGGUGCUGGCUUGAGGGGACAGAUGAGAUGUGUGCAUACAAAUGUUCAAAGGACAUUAAAUCCCCUCUGUUUGUAUCCGGAAAAUGGUUAGAAGCUGUCAAAGCAUUCUGCGAUGACGUGGAACAGGGUGCCGGUUAUCCGGCUCAGGCCCUGCCCUUCUUCCGUAGGGAUGGAUCACGCAUCCGCCACAUUGUGGCCAACUCUAAACCUAUAUCGCAGUUACCAGCCACUGAGUCGGUUAUGUUCAGCGCCAAGGACCCGAACCUGCCGCUGGCAUGCCUAUACAUGGCGCAGCUGAUCGACUGCAUUAGUCGAGUAACGCCCCCCGCCGAGGAGGGUAAGCAGGAAUCUCGAGAGGAGUGGAAUGCGGGAACCGGCCUCGAGGAUGGUACUGGAGCAAAAAAUGUAUCCGAUGAGGUGGACCCAGAGGAGGGCAUGUUUGACAACUUCAAAAACGAGGCUGCCCCAGAGCACGGUGAUGUCGAACGCGACAAUCCAGCGGUUGACGUCGAUAUGGAAUUUGAAGGUGACGUGCUUGACCUGGACAACUCUAGGGAGGGCAGUGAUAUUGAGGAGGAUGAGAAUGUGGGACACAACGAUGAGUUCGAAGACCUGCAGAAGCAGCGGUUGGACUCCGAUCUUGCGGAGGACGACCCAGCUCCCGAUAAUGAUGGAGAGUCUUUGGAUAUUGGUGGUGCAUCAACGAAAGAAACAAAAGACGCUGCAGAUGAUCCUGAUGCGGCUCCAACAGAGACAUCAGAGGGUGAUAACAAUUACACCAGCGAGGUAGACAAGCAGCAGGAUAUCCCGGAGUGGCAAUCGCAUCCUGCAGAUGGAAACCCCGAGGAAGCUGAAGGCGAUGAGGAUGGUGCCGAUGGCGAUGGUGAAGCAGUAGAUGGCCUAAGUGAUGCAGGCGAUGCAGAUGGAGAGGAUGCUAGCGGUCCCGACCCCGGUCUAGAUUUGGGAGAGAACGAUUUGGAGAUCGAUGGUGACGAAGGGAAUGAUGUUGACAAAAUGGAUGAAGAUACGACGGGAGAUGAGCCACAAGAACAGGAAGAGUCUGUGGAUGAUCAUACCGGUGAAGGCGAAGCCAUUGAAGAAGACACCGUAUCCCCGGACGGCCCUGAGCCUCGAGCUCGCAGCCGAAGAGACUACGAUGAGACUCCUUAUGGUGUCGAGGGAAAAUCGGACUCUCAAAUCCGCAACGAAGACGAUCAAGGAACUGGAGGUAACAGCUAUGAGGAAGAUUCACAUUCCGGUGCUUUCUGGGGUGAAACAGCUCGGACGCAGAGCGGCAGCAUGCUAAGCUUCCUGGACACAAUCCAGCGACUUGAUAAUCCAUCCGGCCAGAGCGGUAAUGAAGACGUGAAGGCUAGAAACAUAGUUGAAUCUAUGACUGACGGCAAGAACAAGAGUGAGAAUGAGUCAAUGCUUAACGAGCUUGACGAUUCAAGUAACAUCGAGGGCAUUUCGGCAUCUAUGGAUGGAUCAGCUGCUGCUAACAUCGACAUUAUGGACGUGUCUUUAGCGAAUAAAGAUAAACAGGAAUCUGGCGCUAUGGACGUCUGCGAGGAGUUACCAGACAAGAGUUCGUCUUCGGAUAAAAAACCUAGCUCCUCUGCACCGAAGGAUGAUGACGCCAUGCGCGUCGAUAAUCACACAGAUGUUGAUGCUGGUGAUGUGGGACCCGACGUUUCAGCUGUUAUGAGUGGAUCAGUUGCAUUUGACGUACCCGCGACGCCGCCUGAUCUCCCCUCGAAGGCGACCCGAUCCAGCAAUGAUGCCAAUAGGUCAGCAGCAUAUGCUUUGUGGCAUCAGUACCGCAACGAAACCAGCGCAAUCUCGACAAAUCUUUGCGAGCAGAUGAGAAUGAUACUUGAACCCUCGCUGAAAUCCAGCCUGCAGGGCGACUACAAGACCGGGAAACGGAUAUCCAUCAAGAAGCUGAUGGCAUUUAUCGCAUCCAACUACCAACGUGACAAGAUAUGGCUGCGGCGGUCGAAACCCAACAAACGCGAUAACCGUGUCGUGCUAGCCAUGGAUAACAGUCGGAGCAUGGCUGUGUCUAAUGCUGGAAACUUGGCACUGAAAUCGUUCGCUUGUAUAUACCAGGCGAUGUCUGUUUUGGAGGUCGGGGAGCUCAGUGUCUGCAAAUUCGGGGGAGACGUGCCUGAGCUGUUGCUAGAAAUGAACGGCAGCGAGGACCCGUGCAACGUGGUCGCAGGGAUGACCUUUGACGAGGAGUCACGUCAUUCACAUGAGACAGGCCUGCCAGAGCUGAUGAAGUACGUAUUGCGUUACUUGGAGCAUCAGAAAGAGCGGCGUAAGAUUCUGGUUAUCAUCUCCGACGGGAAAUUCAACAAGGAGAAGGCGCGGCCGUGGAUCCAGGCAGUCAUCAGCAACCAAGUAGUCCCGCUACUGGUGAUACUGGACCCAGUGACGUCAAACCAGAGGUCGAUUAUGCAGAUGAAGCAGGUUCGAGAGAUCAUUUCCACGGGCGCCAAGAGCAUUAUAGGAGGCAUUGGAAAUGCAGCCUUCCGAGCCACUAACGUCAUAAAUUCACUUGGAACAGUGAUGAACAUCGCGGGCCAGACGAUUAGCGGCGCUGGUACCAUCGCUCACGGUUUCAAGAGGAUGUUCACGGACGUGGACAACGGCACAAAUCCUAUAAACUUCGGAGGAGGCAACCUCGGCGCCUACUACAACUUCAUGUACCCGGACAACGACGACUACCCCUGGGCGUGUGUUUGCAACGGUUUCGACCUCGAGAAGUACCAGCGUAAGGAGCAGCAGUAUGUUCGCUGCCGUAACCAGGAGGACUUGUCGUUCCACAACUAUCAGGCGAACUGUGAUCCGGAAAGUGUGUCCAACAAGCCGUUCUGA